AUGAUACCACGUCUAGCAGCCAGAGCGGCUUCGCAGCUACAACAGCGCACACACGUCGCACAACGAGCUUUCACGAGCUCUGCCUUGCGACUAGCUAACGACGCGAAGUCCGCCAUCCUCGAAAACAAGAUCGAGACGACUCCCCAAGCCAAGAGCGAAGAGGAAUCUCUCGGAGUGACGGAGAACGAGGAACGAGGUCUCCAGCAAGCACCCAACCGGAAAGGAAUAUGGUCGAGAAGUCAGCGGCCACGAGCGAAGGCGAUGACAGGACCUCGGUUCGAACAAACCGACUUCGACCUCCAACCUCAAUCGAAAGCUGCCAUUGAGCUCAUUCACAGACAGCCCGUCCACUGGACGCAUGACCGAGUUGUAGCCUGUGACGGCGGAGGUGGUCCAGCUGGACAUCCCAGAGUCUUCAUCAACACCGACAAACCCGAAAUCGCAGUAUGUGGCUACUGUGGGUUACCGUUUGCGAACGAGCACCACCGCGAACACCUCCAGUCACUUCCGCAAACCUCAUAUCCCCUUGCAUAA